CCCUGUCACCUCUGCCCAUCUCUACCUUCUUUUCAACCUCAAGUUUCGUCCGGUGCAGGCGUGUAGUGUUUUUUGGUCCGCGAGAAAAUCUACAACAUCCAAAAUGGUCAACUUCACCGUCGACGAAAUCCGUGGCCUCAUGGACAAGAAGCGGAACAUCCGCAACAUGUCCGUGAUUGCUCACGUAGACCACGGCAAGUCCACCCUGACCGAUUCUCUCGUGUCCAAGGCCGGUAUCAUUGCCGGAGCCAAGGCUGGUGAGACCCGUUUCACCGACACUCGCAAGGAUGAGCAGGAGCGCUGCAUCACCAUCAAGUCGACUGCCAUCUCUAUGUACUUCGAGGUGGAGGACAAGGAUCUGGUGUUCAUCACCCAUCCCGAUCAGCGUGAGAAGGAAUGCAAGGGUUUCUUGAUCAACUUGAUCGAUUCCCCCGGUCACGUGGAUUUCUCCUCUGAGGUGACCGCUGCUCUCCGUGUGACCGACGGUGCCCUCGUCGUCGUCGAUUGUGUGUCCGGUGUGUGUGUCCAGACCGAGACCGUGCUGCGUCAGGCUAUUGCUGAGCGCAUCAAGCCCAUUCUGUUCAUGAACAAGAUGGACCGUGCUCUGUUGGAGCUGCAAUUGGACGCCGAGGAGUUGUACCAGACUUUCCAGCGUAUUGUUGAGAACGUAAACGUCAUCAUUGCCACCUACAACGAUGACGGCGGCCCGAUGGGUGAGGUGCGCGUCGACCCCUCCAAGGGAUCCGUGGGCUUCGGUUCCGGUCUGCACGGCUGGGCCUUCACCCUCAAGCAGUUCUCUGAGAUGUACUCCGAGAAGUUCAAGAUCGAUGUGGUCAAGCUAAUGAACCGUCUGUGGGGUGAGAACUUCUUCAACGCCAAGACCAAGAAGUGGCAGAAGCAGAAGGAGGCCGACAACAAGCGCUCUUUCUGCAUGUACAUCCUGGAUCCCAUCUACAAGGUGUUCGAUGCCAUCAUGAACUACAAGAAGGAGGAGAUCGGUGUCCUGCUGGAGAAGAUCGGUGUCACCCUGAAGCACGAGGACAAGGAUAAGGACGGCAAGGCUCUGCUGAAGACCGUUAUGCGCACCUGGUUGCCCGCCGGUGAGGCUUUGCUUCAGAUGAUUGCCAUCCAUCUGCCAUCGCCAGUGGUUGCCCAGAAGUACCGUAUGGAGAUGUUGUACGAGGGCCCCCACGACGAUGAGGCCGCCGUUGCUGUGAAGAACUGCGAUCCCGAUGGUCCUCUGAUGAUGUACAUCUCCAAGAUGGUACCGACCUCCGACAAGGGACGUUUCUACGCCUUCGGUCGUGUGUUCGCCGGCAAGGUCGCCACCGGCCAAAAGUGCCGCAUCAUGGGCCCCAACUACACUCCCGGCAAGAAGGAGGAUCUGUACGAGAAGGCCAUCCAGCGUACCAUCCUGAUGAUGGGUCGUUACGUCGAGGCCAUCGAGGAUGUGCCCUCCGGCAACAUUUGCGGUCUGGUCGGUGUCGAUCAGUUCCUGGUCAAGACCGGUACCAUCACCACCUUCAAGGAUGCCCACAACAUGAAGGUCAUGAAGUUCUCCGUGUCGCCUGUCGUGCGUGUGGCUGUUGAGCCCAAGAACCCCGCCGAUCUGCCCAAGCUGGUGGAGGGUCUGAAGCGUCUGGCCAAGUCCGAUCCUAUGGUGCAGUGCAUCAUUGAGGAGUCUGGCGAGCACAUUAUUGCCGGUGCCGGUGAGCUGCAUUUGGAGAUCUGUCUGAAGGAUCUGGAGGAGGAUCACGCCUGUAUCCCCCUGAAGAAGUCCGACCCCGUGGUGUCCUACCGUGAAACCGUGUCGGAGGAGUCCGACCAGAUGUGUCUGUCCAAGUCGCCCAACAAGCACAACCGUCUGCAGAUGAAGGCCCUGCCCAUGCCCGACGGUCUGCCCGAGGACAUCGACAACGGAGAGGUUACCUCCAAGGACGAGUUCAAGGCUCGUGCCCGUUAUCUGUCCGAGAAGUACGACUACGAUGUCACCGAGGCCCGUAAGAUCUGGUGCUUCGGUCCCGACGGUACCGGACCCAACUUCAUCCUCGACUGCACCAAGUCUGUGCAGUACCUGAACGAAAUCAAGGAUUCCGUUGUCGCUGGUUUCCAGUGGGCCUCCAAGGAGGGUAUCCUGGCCGAUGAGAACUUGCGUGGUGUCCGCUUCAACAUCUACGAUGUGACCCUGCACGCUGAUGCCAUCCAUCGUGGUGGUGGCCAGAUCAUUCCAACCACCCGUCGUUGCCUGUACGCUUCUGCCAUCACCGCCAAGCCCCGCCUCAUGGAGCCCGUCUACCUGUGCGAGAUCCAGUGCCCGGAGGUUGCCGUCGGUGGUAUCUACGGUGUGCUGAACAGGCGUCGUGGUCACGUGUUCGAGGAGAACCAGGUUGUGGGCACCCCCAUGUUCGUUGUCAAGGCUUACCUGCCCGUCAACGAGUCGUUCGGUUUCACCGCCGAUCUGCGCUCCAACACCGGUGGACAGGCCUUCCCUCAGUGCGUGUUCGAUCACUGGCAGGUUCUGCCCGGCGACCCGUGCGAGCCCGCCAGCAAGCCCUACGCCAUCGUCCAGGACACCCGCAAGCGCAAGGGUCUCAAGGAGGGUCUGCCCGAUCUCUCCCAGUACUUGGACAAGUUGUAAGCGACCAUUUAGACCGCCACCACUAUUACUACUACUCGCCACCCAACCCCCCACACACCAACAACAAAAACCAUGUGCAGCAUGCUGAGAGGGAGGAGAAAAAUAGAACAAAGUGGAGCGCCAGGAGACAACAACAACAACAACAUCCAGAUCCAGCCCGGCACCUCAAGCAACACCCACGGCCGCUGGUAGUGUUUUAAAACACAAACCAUUAAAGAAAUUUUGAUUAUUAAUUGUAUAACAUUAAAACACAACCACAAAAUAAAUCAACUAAAUGAUUA